CUUCAGUUCAUAGUCUUCGGAAGAAAUAUAACGCUCUUCAUCAAUGGCUCAUUUUGGGAAUCAAGCUAAUGCUUUAUUCCGCAAGAACCUCAUAUAUCACAAACGGCAUGUGAGGUCACACUUGAAGGUCAUUCUGUUCCCAGCAGUACUCUUUAUAUUGCUAGGGGUUUUGCAAAGCUACACCAACAAGGCUAAAAGAGAGAAAAAAGGCCCCGUUUUUCCAGAUGAAUUACCUCCUUUAUUGCAAAUUCCUUCUCCCCAAUUUCGUGCGGUGAUGACUGAUUCAAUGCUGUUUCCUGGAUUGCCUGAUGCAUCUUGCAGAGUAACUGGUUCAUGUCCUGCAACAGUACUUAUCACAGGGAACAACAGAACCCUUGGAGAAAGUGUGGCUGGGAAGAUGUUCAUAGAUUCUUCUGAACCAAAUUCAACUACUGAUUUCGAAAUUAUUGCCGAUGGCAUUUUCGGGACAAACUUCAGCUAUUAUAUGACAUAUAUCGGCUUACUCUUUCAUGUUCGACCUCAGUGUUCUGCAGCAAUUCCUUCGCCCUUCAGAAACUCCUCAGCAGAAACUGAUUUAGACGUCAUAUGCGUGGAGGGUUUAAAUUUGUGGCGCAACAGCUCUGCUGAGAUUAAUGAUGAGCUAUUCAAAGGAUACAGAGAAGGAAAUACAGAGGGGAAACUAAAUGAAGUUUUGGCAGCUUAUGAUUUCUUGGAUACAAGUGGAGAAAAUUUCAAUGUCAACAUUCAAUAUAAUUCUACUUAUGAGGACAAUCAUCUAAGUGAAAAACCACAAUUAUUGAGAAUACCACGUGCUGAGAACAUGGUAACAAAUGCCUAUCUCCAAUUUUUACGUGGUUCCGCUACAAAGAUGGUUCUAGAUUUUGUAGCUGAGAUGCCAAUACCUGGCGGCUUCGAAAGGCCAGGCGACAUAUCUACCUUUCUCAAUAUUGUCUUCUUUACAUGGGUCAUUCUACAAGUAUUUCCGGUUAUAUUAUCAUCUCUGGUUUAUGAGAAGCAACGGAAGUUAAGGAUCAUGAUGAAGAUGCAUGGCCUUGGGGACGUUCCUUAUUGGAUGAUUACUUACGCGUAUUUUCUUGUCAUUUCAUUAAUCUACAUGUGCUGUUACUUUGGAUUUGGUGUAUUGACAGGUAAUGCAGUGUACAGUUCAGCUGCUUAUUUCAUGUUUAUACGAGCUGGUUCAAUAUUGUUUUCUUGUUUUACAGGGUUAACAAUUUUCAAGCUGAAUUCAUAUGGUGUCCAGUGCCUCUUUUACUUUGUCUUCACAAACUUGCAAAUAUCUAUGGCCUUUCUAUUAUCUGCAGUAUUUUCAAAUCUGAAGACUGCCUCAGUUGUUGCCUAUACAAUUGUCUUUGGGACGGGCAUCCUGGCUUUUCUCCUUUUCCAGCCCUUAGUUGAUGAUGCAUCAUUUCCUCGUGGUUGGCUAAUUUUAAUGGAAUUAUACCCUGGCUUUUCUCUGUAUCGAGGGUUAUAUGAGCUGUCCCAAUAUGCUCAAGGGGGAUUCAGGGUAGGGACUUAUGGGAUGUUCUGGGAGUAUCUUAGUAACAGCAAUAAUGGCAUGAGAGAGGUCCUGAUUAUCAUGUCAAUAGAGUGGGUGGUAUUUCUGAUUGUUUCCUAUUACUUGGAUCAAAUUUUAUCAUCUGGAAGUGGAAACCGUCGGAGUCUUUUGUACUUCUUGCCAAAUUCUCAAAGGAAGCAUUUAACAUCAUUGGAGAAAGCUUCUAAACAGAGUGCGGAAUCUAGUGUUCAAAUUGAAAACAAUGAUGUUUCUGAAGAGAGAGAGAAGGUUGAACAGUUGCUGGAAAAGCCAGAUUCAAAUUAUUCUGCCAUUUGCUACAACCUCAAAAAGAUGUAUCCAGGAAAGGACGGGAACCCCGAUAAAUUUGCAGUUAAAGGAGUAACUCUUGCCUUACCACGAGGGGAAUGCUUUGGCAUGCUUGGUCCAAAUGGUGCAGGCAAAACUACUUUUAUUAGCAUGAUGACUGGGCUCUUGGAGCCAAGCUCUGGGAGUGCGUAUGUUGAGGGUUUAAACCUGCGGACUCAAAUGAAUGAAAUAUAUGGUAGCAUGGGUGUGUGUCCACAACAUGACUUGCUCUGGGAUACCCUAACAGGAAGGGAACACUUACUCUUUUACGGAAGACUGAAAAAUCUCAAGGGUGCUGCUUUAAACCAAGCAGUGGAGAAAUCUCUUAAAAGUUUUAAUCUUUCCCAAGGAGGAGUUGCUGACAGAUUAGCGAAAAAAUAUAGUGGAGGUAUGAGGAGAAGGCUCAGUGUAGCCAUUUCAUUGAUUGGGGACCCGAAAGUUGUGUAUAUGGAUGAGCCCAGCACUGGACUUGAUCCUGCUUCACGAAAAAUGUUGUGGGAUGUCGUGAAGCAAGCAAAGCAAGAUAGAGCAAUCAUCCUCACCACACACUCGAUGGAUGAGGCAGAAUAUCUUUGCGAUAGGAUAGGUAUCUUUGUGGACGGAAACUUCCAGUGCUUGGGAACCACAGAUGAGUUAAAAGCUAGGUAUGGGGGAUCCUACAUGUUCACCAUGACUACAUCACCAGAAAAUGGGAGUGAAGUGGAAGACUUAGUGAAAAGUCUAUCUCCAAACGCGAAGAAAACGUACCAUCUGUAUGGAACUCAGAAAUUUGAGCUUCCGAAAGAUGAGGUGAAAAUUUCAGAUGUGUUCCUAGCGGUUAGACAAGCAAAGGAGAGAUUUCCAGUCCAGUCUUGGGGUUUGGCUGACACAAUGCUGGAGGACGUCUUCAUCAAGGUGGCAACUGAGGCACAGUGAUCACUUCUUACUAAUAAUCUUAGUGUAUGUUUUUAUACAGUAGCUAGGUUUCAUCUGCUUGUUGAAUCCUUUAUCUUUUGCUUGUAUGAUAUAUGUGAAUUAAAGUUGGUUCUUUCCUAGACAAGAAUGAUUGUUGAUUUAUAUUAAUGAAUUGCUCAUAUGUUGUUCAA